AUGGCUGGAACAUGUGGAAUGAUGAGUUGUGUGAGGGGAAUUCUCUGUCCACAUGAAUCUCAGAAGAAAGAAUCAGAGGAAAAAGAAAUAAGAACCUCCCAAGUCAAACCAGAUCAUGUGGCUGCUUCACCUGUUGAACGGAAGCAUAUACAAACCCUAAUUCGCUUUCUCAUCCUCCACAACAUCUUCAUCCGGUAUCAUAGAACCCUAGAAAAG